AUGGCGGGAGCUCCCAAUCCAGGUCUCUUGGGUGUUCUGCUGGUGGCUCAGACCCGUUCGGGUACGGGAGCUCAGGUCCUCUUUCACUACCCCCCGGAUCCACUUGCUGAUGAUGAGGGGCAGUUGCCGGAUACUGAACAGGCGGCUGUUGAUGAGAGUUCCAGCAGUGACUCGGACAGCGAGUCGUCCAGUGACGACAAUGUCUUCGACGUAACACCACUGAAGCUUCGGGAAGGCCCUCGCCAUGCUCAAGAUGACCGAUCACCCGUCACUGAGGACGAUGAGGAUGAACAGAACAACAAGUUGAGCAAGCUUCGCAGCAGUGAGAACUGGGAACCGUCAUGGGAGCCCCUACUGGGCAUUGGAGAGGAAGGUCUCGUCAGCUUAUUAGCUCCAGGAAGAGCCUGGCAUAAGCGAAAGUUCGAGCUGGGAAUCAACGAUCUGGUCUUUGUUGGCCGUCCAGUGUAUGCGCAUGAGAGCGGCUCGUGGCAGAAAAGGCGAAGGAAGAAGUCAAAGAAGCCUUUACCGGAUGAACAAAACGACACCAUCGACUCGGCACUUGAAAUGGACGCCUCUGAGCAAGAUGCAAAUGCAGAAAAAAACUCCAAAAGCGCGCUUACCAUGUUCCACGUCGUCUUCGUCAUGAACCCAUCGCCCCUCGAACACGCCACGCGCGUCAGAGAUAUGUACGAUAACGUCGCCCGCAAACUCUCCAAGGUGCUCAAGUCUGAGCAAACUAGGAACGACUACGUCUGUGCCGAAGCAGACCUUAUACAGAACAUCAAAUCAUCCCACUUCACCAAACGAUCGCCUACUGCAACUCUGUAUAGCGACCUCCUCAAGCAGUCGACACUGGCAACCGCCCUCGCCAGCACCUAUCGGGCCAUAUCGAAAUCCCGCAUCGCAGCCAUCACGUUAAGCUCAGAUAUCUCAAUCUCUCUUCAAAUACCACCGCUCACCUCAACCCCCUACCUACCUUCUCUGACCGAGCCGCCUAUCCAACCGGGCCUAUGGCUCACCACGGCCAAUGAGCCGACGUCCUCAUCCGACCUCGAAACGGCCAAUACAACUUCCGCCUUACAGCUCGCCAAAUCCUUCACACUUCUCUUGCGCGAGCCCCCUCACAAAAUUCUGAAAGAUAUCCAGUCCACGGGCGGUGCACUCCCACAACAACUCGUCGAUUUCAUCACGACCCUCCGCCCCAACAAAUCCUUCCACAAAAUCUCCCAGGCGACUCACCUGCCUCUCGCCGACAUCCAACUCCUCUCCCGACACCUCAUAUACUGGCGACGUGCCAUCGCCAUACCACCUCUGCACCACCGCGACACCUACAUAGUAUCUCCCAACGCUGACAUGGCCUCACUGCCCGCCGCCAGCGCCGCUUUCUCCUCCAGCUUCCCCAUGCUGCCGUCGCUCCCUCGCUUGCUAUCCCUCCUGUCCGCCGGCCCACCCACGCCCUUCGGCACUCUAAUCCCCUCCUCGGACCACAAAGAGGAAUACUACCGCGUGCUCGCCUGGCUACUCUGCGGCGGCUGGGUCACACAGCUCCGCACCUUCGGCUUCGUCAUUGUCUCUCCGGCCGUGAAAGCCGCGGUUCGCCAGCAAGAGCACAACGAAAAGCUAUCCUCGACGCAACGCAACCUCGAACGCCUAGACCUCCACUCCCCCAACUCCCAAAACCAACCCCAGUACCAGCCGUCCAGCACCGCCGCCUCCUCCCUCUCCUCCACCACCACCACACCCUCCCACCCCCGGCGCCCCAACCUCCCCUCCCGCCCCUCCUCCGACCACACCUCCACGACGACCACCUCGCGCCACCACCCCCACCAAUCCACCCACAACCCCACGCACGCCUCCCUGAUCCCCUCCCCCCUCCGCGCCACCCCGCUCGAAUCCUCCUGGCUCUCCUACAUCCACGCCUCCCUCCUGCAGCAGCAGCAGCACCUCUCCUCCUCCGACGACAACGCCGCUGACGGCGACCUCCAUCUCUCAGACGAUGCUGAUAAGGCCGACGUGCACCGCGCCUGGCCGAUUCUACUCAAGUACCUGAACGGGAAAGAGGCGCUGGAGGGUAUGGCGGUGCGGGAGGGGUUGAAGCGCAAGCAGGUGUGGGAGGUGUUGGGGAGGGUGGGCGUUAAGUGGGGGUGGGAGGUUGGGGGUCUGGAUGAGGGGAUUGAAGUGGGAGGGGAAGGGAUGGGAGGUGGCAAGGGGAAGGGACAGGGGGAGAGGAGCGGUGUGGUGAUGAGUGUGAGGCAUUGGUGA